AUGCCCAUGGAGGUGGCAGCCGAAUUCGCGCGGCCUUUGAGCCUGGACACGGACUCGAGCGAGAGUGGCUCUACCGUGAGGAGCAAAAAGCUCUGGAGAAGGAAGUCGCAAACAAGAAGCAGCUUUUCGCAGCUCAGUCUGACCAGCGACACCGAUGAACCGGCGCCGAAGUCGCAGGCGAUCGACGGCAGAAUGAGAGGACGCCCGCCCUCAGUGGGCAAGUACGUCGGCCUCAAGAAAGCCCAGUUGGAGCGUGACAGGCUUCAACGGGAAGCCGCGCGGAAAGACGCAGAGAAGGAGCUGGAGGACCAGCUGCAAUUUAUCAAGUCGCCGGUCCCCCCCAGAGUAUCAGACACCGAAGAGGACCGUCCAAUACUCAAGGAAGACCUCCGUAAGUAUACCCAGGUUGUUCGCAAUGUCGUGAGGAAGUCAGGCAACCUAAAAGGCACUUCCCAGAAAGCGCUUAACUGGGUCACGGACAAGAUCGUGAAGUACGUGGAACAGCCUGAGUCCGCUGUCAUCAUGCGCCUGGAGGAGGAAGUAAAGAAGUGGCAAGAACACAGUGCCCGUCUUGAAGCCAAUAUGAAGGCCAUGAAGGAAGAGAAUGCCACCCUAAAACGACGCCUUGAAGACCUGGAGGCGUCCGCAAACAAGCAGUCGACAGAGGAGAUGCUGGCGAUGGUGGAAGCGAGGGUCCAAGCCAGGCUCGAGUCGGCCCUGAUGGGGCCAGCCCAAAGGCCCACCCUCGCCCACGAAAGAAGGACCGCCUCUGGGGACACAGAACUCCCCGUGACGAGCGGAUACGUAGGAGGGGCGCCGAACACUAAACCGGCCAAGAGCAAGGGGAAAAGGAAAGAGAAGGGAACAGCUCAACGCGCUCCCGCUCCCGCCCCCCUCCCUGCCCCAGUCGCUGGGCCCUCCAGCGCGCCGCCACAGCCCGUCGCAGGACCCUCCACGGCUCCGGCGAAUACGUCGGCAUCGACGGAAAAGAAGACCCAGGACCGAAGGAGAGAGAUGCCCAAGCAAAAGCCCCAAAAGGGCAAGAAGAAAGGACCGCCUCCAGCCCAACCAGCUCCAGAGCCCCGUGUGCUGCCGCCAGCCCCGGCUAACGUAGAUACGCCGUGGGUCGAGGUGGCCAGGAGAAAGAAAAAGGGGAAACCGGCAACAGCGACAACAAACAGCACGCAGCCGCCGAAACCGAUGCGCCGGAAGGAGCCGAAACUGCGGCCGCCUCGUUCUGCGGCAGUGGUAAUCUCGCUGACGCCGGCAGCAGUUGCGAAGGGCUUGACCUAUAAGAGCGUCCUAAUGGACGCUCAAAAUAAGGUAGACCUCACCGGCCUGGAAAUUGGAAGGAUGAGGCCAAAGUUUGCGGCCACGGGUGCCCCAAU